CAGAGGGUUUGUUGAAGAUCUUCUCAGGGAGUGAACCUGGUGGGAUGGAUCAGAUUCUGUAUGAGAUGAGGUCCAAAGCCUUAUGCCGUCUUCAGUCCUACUGGCUGCCCCAGUACCUCUGCUCCUGUAAGCUCUCCAUCACCAAACUGAAAGAGUGUGCCUCCAUCCUCAAAGAGUACGAGGACAUUGCCUCUAACCUCACCCUGGUAGAGAUCCCGGCUCUGCUUGACCCACUGGGGUGGAGUCUGGGCUCGCCACCAUCAGAGGGCCCUACAGUGACCCGGACCUACUGCUCCAAAGUCAGGAAGAGGCUGCUGUGGAGGGCCCAUCAGAGGCCUGGGACAGGACUUGGGGUUGGGGCAGCAGGGAUGCCCGAUGGGCCGGCCAUGCAGCAGUGGUUGCCCAUGGCCGGGGACGGAGACCAGGGAGAGUGUACCAAUAUUGUGCACCUCAUGAGCAGGCAUGGGGAGGAGAUUGUGGUCAGUGGGGACAAGACACAUGGGGGCAGAAGCAAGAGAGGAGGAAGUGGGAGCUCAAAGAGAAGUACCAGUACUCCACUCCUCAGAAAGGUGAGCUCUGCUAGUCUUGGGCCCAGAACUGGCCCCCUCCCUGUCGUGCCCAUACUCCCCUCCAAGAGCCUGUCCAAUCUGGACAGCAGCAGCACUGACCCCAUGAUCCCCCCUCAUGCCUGUAUGGAGACCCCCAUCUGCCACCUUCCCUCCAUCACCACCACCCCUGUCACCUCUACUCCCGAUCCUCCUUCCAGACCUGUCUGGGGAACACCACACUACGAUGAGCACCUCUCCCUGGCCCUGUCCGCUGAUGCUCUUGCUGGGGGUCCCUAUGAGAAUUUCCUGAGGGUCAGUGGCCAGAGGGUCAUGCUGCACCACCUGGGACUGUGGCAGGAGCUGGAUGGCUUCCUCAACCUCCUGCUCAAGAUGGAGGAUGGCCCCUCCAAGGCUCUGAGACAGGUGCUGGCUAGAAAGAUCAUGGCUGUGUACUUGAGUGAUGCGUGGCAGUGUGUUAGUCGCCCUGAGGGUGAGUGGUGCACCACCUACCUGACCAAAUCCACCGUCUGCCACCUCAUAAACCUCCUCCCCUCUGGCAAUGUGAUGCCCUGGAUCUACACGGCCAAGCAGGAACUAUGCCAGAUUCUGGGUCCCACCUACAAUGCAUUUCUGGAUGAAGAAGACAAAGUCAUUCUCUUCUAUCUGUUCACUCAGAAUGAGGUCAAGGGGAAAGUGAGUCGUAGAGCUACAGCGCCCCCCAGUGCUCCCACUGCGCCAGAGCAGCAGGUGAGGAGGAUGAGGGAGGCUCUGGCUCUCUGUCAGGCCUGCGCUGAGCCUCUCACUGAGGAGACCUGGGCCCUGCUGCCCCUAGAGGACGUCAGGACAGGAGGCUCUGUUCACCUGCACUACAGAAAGACCAAUCUUUAUGACCUUCCGUUUGAAACCCUGGCUGAGAAGUACCCCAAGGUGGCUGUGGAGGCAAUCAGUAAAACUCACAGACUCUACUAUGACUGGAAGCCAGUACAAGAGGAGACAAAGAAGCCAGUGGUGACAUCCAGUCCUAAGAAGUCAUUCCACCUGAUGAAGGACAAGGACCACAGCUUUGCCGAAAAACCCUCCAUGAGACCAAGGUUUUUAGAGGAGGUGAUGAGAAGUCCCACCAACCUGGACUUCUUCAAGCGUUACCUGAGGGCCUAUGAUGCUCACGGAGCUCUGAACUUCUACCACGAGGUGGACAAACUGCGGCACGUCGACAGCCUCCUCCAGAAGACCAAGAUCAACAGCAUCGUGUCCCGCUUCCUCAGACGAGCAGACGCUAGUAACCACACUGAAUAGAUUAUAAUAGAAUAAUUUGUCCUCUAAGAAGGAAACUAUUUCCCUGCCUUAUAGGUUCAUGAAUAAUCACAUUGACUUUGUUUCAGAUAUGCAGUAGGCAAUGUUAUAUCACUAUAGGCAUCACACUUGCGCUCAACUUAAAUCAAAGCCACACUCUCCUGUACAGUAUGUGCUCUGGAGUUAGCCUAGUUAUGAUAUGCGCAUACCGCAGUAGUUAGCCUACUCUUUUUAAACAUGUGUUGCCAGCCUGGUCUACUAGAUUAGAUGUAACAAAGUAAAUGUAAAUCUGUGACACACAAAUAAGUAUGAUAUGUUAUGUUUGGUAUGGUUACAUGGU